GGCGGGGCGGGGCGCCGAGGGGAGCGGAGCGCGCGGACCCCCCGCCGCCAGUGCGCCGCGCGGCCGCCAUGGGGCAGAUCGAGUGGGCCAUGUGGGCCAACGAGCAGGCGCUGGCGUCUGGCCUGAUUCUGAUCACGGGCGGCAUCGUGGCCACGGCCGGGCAGUUCACCCAGUGGUACUUUGGGGUCUACUCCAUCGUGGCCGGGGUGUUUGUGUGCCUGCUCGAGUACCCCCGGGGGAGAAGGAAGAAGGGUUCCACCAUGGAGCGCUGUGGACAGAAGUAUAUGACAAAGGUGGUGAAGAUGUUCGGGCCCUUCACCAGGAACUACUACAUCCGGGCCUUGGUGCACCUCGGGCUCUCAGUACCUGCUGGCUUCCUGCUGGCCACCAUCCUGGGGACCGCCUGCCUGGCCAUCGCGAGUGGCAUCUACCUGCUGGCGGCCGUGCGCGGCGAGCAGUGGCUGCCCAUCGAGCGGAAGCCGCAGGAGCGCCCGCAGGUCGGGGGCACCAUCAAGCAGCCGCCCAGCCAGCCCCCGCCCCGGCCCCCGGCCGAGGCCCGCAGGAAGCCGGGCGAAGAGGAGGCGGCGGCGGGGGUCCCCUCGGGCGGCCCCCAUGUCAACCCCCUCCCGGUGACCGACGAGGUCGUGUGACGCGCGCUCCGGACGCCGCCAAUAAACGGAGUCCAAGCUUC